GGGAGGUGGUGCCGGAACUCCGGGCUGGGAGUUGGCUGGGAGGUAGCGGUGGCGCCGGGUUCAGCGUCCCAGGCGAGUCAGCCGUGUGGGCCGCCGACAUGGGACAGAUCGAGUGGGCCAUGUGGGCCAAUGAGCAGGCGCUGGCGUCCGGCCUGAUCCUCAUCACAGGCGGCAUCGUGGCCACUGCUGGCCAGUUUACCCUGUGGUACUUUGGCGCCUACUCCAUUGCAGCAGGAGUGUUUGUCUGUCUGCUGGAAUACCCCCGCGGGAAGAGGAAGAAGGGCUCCACCAUGGAGAGAUGCGGACAGAAGUACAUGACGAAAGUGCUGAAGUUGUUCGGGCCCCUCUCCAGGAAUUACUACUUCCGGGCCUUCCUGCACCUGGGGCUGUCGGUACCAGCUGGCUUCCUGCUUGCCACCAUCCUGGGGACAGCCUGCUUGGCCAUAGCAAGUGGCAUCUAUCUGCUGGCAGCCAUCCGUGGUGAGCAAUGGACUCCCAUCGAGCCCAAGCCCAAGGAACGGCCGCAGGUUGGGGGUACCAUCAAGCAACCACCUAGCAACCCCCCACCCCGGCCCCCAGCUGAGGCCCGCAAGAAACCCAGUGAGCAGGAAGAGGAGGCAGCAGCAGCAAGGGUCCCCAGUGGCCCCCAGGAAAACCCUGUCCCAGUGACGGAUGAGGUUGUGUGACCAGUGCCUCAAACUGCUCCCUGAGUGGCUUGUAUAGCUUUUGGGGGGCACCAUCUAGACCCCAAGAGCACCCCCUUAUCUGCCUGGCAGAACCAUACGCCCUCUUCUGCUGUCAUUCCCAGAAGCCUGUCAUCUUUCUCUAUGACACCUGAAAUCACAGCGCUUUUUCUAUUCCAUGAAAUAAAGUAUCUGGAAUUCCAA